AUGAACCAUCCUUCGCAAAUUGAAAAACAUGAGAACAAAGAAAACUUUGAACGUCUAGAAGAAUUCAAUAAUUAUUUAUUUUACCAGCACAAUGUCUACGAGUAUGCGUUUAAAGGCAAUGUAGGCGCACCAGUUUAUGAAAAGUUACAAAAUGGUGCUAAAGUACUAGAAUUUGGUUGUGCGAGUGGCAUUUGGACUACUGAAGUCGCUUCCGAAUAUCCAAAUACAGAAUUUUAUGCAGUUGAUUUUAUCAUACCAGAUUCUAGCGCUAACGAUAAUAACAAUAUUACAUUUAUUAAAUGUGAUAUUCUUAAAAAGUUACCAUUUCCCGAUAAUGAAUUUGAUUAUGUUUUUUCUCGAGAUAAAUAUAUUUUCUUCAAAAAUGAUAAUAUUCAAAAUUUUGUAUUGGAGAUCUUUAGAGUAUUAAAGCCGGGAGGCUGGUUAGAGGUUGUAUAUCCAUGUUUUUAUAAAGGUCUUCCUGGAUCAGCACUUUCACGAAUCUUUGACGGAGUGCGUUCGUUAUACAUGUCAUAUUACAUUGAUUAUAGAUUUUUUAUGACAAACUUUGAAACAUAUCUCCAAAAUACCGGAAAGGCUGAAAAUAUAUCGCAUCAAAUAGCAAAAAUUCCGCUCAUAAGUGACCAUGCUUUCGCAGAGUUUACUUGCGAAAAUUGUUUACUUUUUUUCAAAACUCUGAAAGGUCUUGUAGCUCCUAUAAUGAAAAUUUCAUUUGAAGAAUUUGAUGACUUAAUAAAUAACUCUGAAAAUGAACUAAAAACUCCAAAUGAAGAAAUG